AUGGCAUCACUCUUAGCUAAAGCCAUUGUUAUUGCAGGUAUGCUCCUUUUUGGGACAUGCACUGUUGUAUUCCAAAAAAUGAUUUUCUCAAUUGAAGGAGAAGGACUUAAUGGAGAUGUUCAUUCAUUUGAAAAACCAUGGUUCCAAACUGAAAUGAUGUUCAUAGGUAUGUUUGGAUGUUUAUUUGUAUUUGAAGGAAAACAUUUAAUCCAAAAAUUCUUUGGAAAGAAAGCUGAAGAAGGACAUGAAACAAAACCAGGACAAUCUCAUUUCAAAACUUAUUUAAUUGUUGCUAUUCCAGCUUGUUGUGAUCUUUGUGCUACUGCUUUAUCUAAUGUUGGUUUAUUAUGGAUUCCAGCAUCUAUUUGGCAAAUGUUAAGAGGAUCAAUGACUAUUUUCUCUGCUAUUUUCACUAAAGUCUUCUUAAAGAGAAAAGUAUAUGCUUAUCAAUGGGUUGGUGUUGCAUUUGUAGCAUUUGCACUUGUUGUUGUUGCAUUCUCAUGUCUUAUGGCACCAACAAAAGAUCCAAUUAUUGUAGAAGAUGUUUAUGGUGAUUAUAGUGAAAAAGGAAGUGUAGAACUUUAUCUUGAAAUUAUUGGUAUUUGUUUAGUUAUUGCCGCUCAAGUUAUUCAAGCAUCACAAAUUGUUAUUGAAGAAUUCCUUCUUAAAGAUGCCAAUACUGAUCCAAUUCUUAUUGUCGGUCUUGAAGGUAUGUGGGGAGGAUUAAUUUGUUCAGGUAUUUGUUUAACUAUUGUACAAUAUAUUAUUCCAUCUAAUGCAGGUAAUGGAGUUUAUGAAUCAACUACAGAUACAUUCUAUAUGUUAGUUAAAUCACCAUUUAUUCUUUGUAUGUGUUUGAUUUAUUCUAUUGUCAUUCUUGCAUAUAAUUUGUUUGGUAUGUUUGUUACUCUUGUUUCAUCUGCUGUUAUUAGAACUAUUCUUGAAGGUCUUAGAACUGCAUGUAUUUGGAUUGUUCAAUUAAUUAUUGGUCUUUUUGUUGCUGAUGACUCUCCACUUGGAGAAAGUUGGAAUGAUUGGUCAUAUCUUCAACUCGCAGGAUUCUUCUUCCUUCUUGAAGGACUUUUCAUUUACAACGGAUAUCUUAGAAUUGCUGCUCCAUUCUUUGAUUAUUCUCAUCUUGAUGCUGCUAAACAACCAGAAGAAACUAAAGCACUUUUAGAUGGAGAUGAAAAAACAAAUUAA